AUGCGUUACAACAUCCAGCGAUUGUCGGCGAAAGGAGUAUCAGCUGAGUACAGCCAGACGCUUGACAAACAGAUAAGUGCAAUCAACGUUAGCGACAACAUCAACAAUCUAUGGGAGUCAAUCCAUGGAGCGGAGAGCACAACAGCACGAGAAGUGAUCUUGUUGGCUACAAGAUCAACAGGGCAGUUCAUAGGUUCCUCGAGCUUGUAUCUCAUUCUUGUAGUAGUGCUGUUAGCCGCACCAACCUUCUCAAAUGCUGAACGACGGCGGGCAUAUUACCGAAAAACAACCACAACCAGCACUGCAGCGCCGAUUGUAGAGGAAACCUCCAGUUCCGAGGCCAAAUAUCAUGAUAGCGCAGGGGAAGGUCUGUAUACGGUUGGCGAUUCAUUUACAAUAGGUGGUGGUUUUUCUUCGUCCACGCCCAGGGAUAACAUUGCCAAAGGAAGUGCCUUCAAGCCUGUCACUAGCAGCGGUGAUAAACUGACAUCGUUCUCUGAAUAUGGAUAUGGCGGCACACAGAUAUCCGAUCACAAUGACUCUGGCUCGGACGAAGAUUAUGGAAUCAACCUGAAAAACAUUAAACCUCUCAAAUCAUCCUCGAGUUCCAGCAGUUUCAAACCUUCUGGAUCAUUUGAUUUUCUGAACACUGACUAUUUGAAAUCACCUUCGGACAGUAAAACGAAAACCUCCUACACCAAUAAAUUUUCAAUUUCCCACCCCAAUCCCACGAAAUCAUCCCUGACGGGAUCAUCACUGAACUUUGACGGUAAGGUGAAGAAGCUGUCAUCUUUCUCGUUUGACGACUCUGCACUUGCAUCGUACACUCCCAACAAGAACAAGAAGAACAAACUUUCACUAGACGACGACUCCUUCGGAGGUGGCAGCUCAUUUGGACUCAGUAAUAACUUCGGUGUCGGUAAACUUGAUAAACCAUCUUCCUCCCAUUAUGGCAUUGACAGCGAAGAGAGCGGUUUUGGAAGUUCAAAAUUCAAAGCUUUUGGCAAAGGUAGUAGCGGAAGUAGUAGCUUCAAAAAUAAAUAUAACCUUGAUAGCGACGAGUCCGGAGAGAUAUACACAAAAGCAAAGAAUCCAAAACUGCACUCAUCCCAUGGCACCAAACUGAAAUCCUCCCACAACACAGAGUUUGAAAGCGACUUCGAUGUGAAAAACAUCAAGCUGCCUGGAACUCUCAACACGUUCAGACCUAACAACUUCCCUAAAUCGACAAAACACAAAUCCAAAUACGGUUCCGACAUUGACAACCCUAACCCGCUUGAAUUCCGACCUAACUUCAAACUGCAAGAUGUACCAAAUCUGUAUCCCGAUGAACAUAUAGGUGCAGGGAUUGCCGCCAAGGGUCAAAUCGAGAACUUUCUCAAUGCGGAGCACUCCUUCCGGAAUGAACCAAUCCGAACGACGCACUUCCUCGACGGUCACCCCGGCAAAAAGGGUCAGUAUAACCAGUUUUUGAAAUCUCAGGAGGAUGAACAGUUCGAAAAGGAAGCUCUAAAGGCACAGAUCGAAUACUUGAAAGCACAAGCCUCGAAGCGGCCAGUUGCUGAAGUGAGACGUCCACCCGGCCCUCCACCGUCAGCGAAGAUCAAUUCAGGCCCACCACGGGGUCGCCCAGUUCGUCGUAUUCCGCAGCUAGCUCCGCUUGGUGCUAAACAAUCCCGACCGCCAGUGAGGAUUCCGCAUUACAACGACAGACCGUACAGUAUUAGCUUCAAGCUCUAAAUCUAUGGUGACCCAAUCGGAUCCGUGGACGGAAAAGUAACGGAAUUGAGGAAGCAACCGUGCAAUUUGCCUUGAUGGAAAUAGAGUAAUUUAGUCGAUAGCAUUAGCAUUUAGGUAUUUAUUAAUUAUAGUUACUAGUGCGCCAAUUUUAGAUAUGAGUAGAAAAAAAAAAAUACAAAUGAAAAUUCUCAAACCUAA